AUGGUGGCGGCAUGGGUGGUGCUGACGGUGAUGCUGCCCGCAGCUCAGGUGGCGUCGGCCACCUCGGUGGUGGCGCCAGCGUUCCUCUGGGCUCCCAAGAACUACGGAUUCCAUUCUGAUGACACUAAAGAAGUGGUCCACUAUCAGACAGUGUCGUUAAAGGGUUUAGCUAAAUCUAUUCUUGCGGAAGGUGGCUGGUCAAACUUGUUGUGUUCAGGGGAGGAUGCUCAGAAGAAUGUUGAUGUUGCAAUUGUUUUUCUUGGCUCAAAGCAUUCGUCAGACAUAUCUAAAGAUACACAAGUUGAUCCAGCUUUAGCAGACACACUGAAGGUCUCCUUCAAAAGCUCAGAGUUUUCCAUCGCAUACCCCUAUGUUUCCACAUCAGAUGAUGAGAAAUUGGAAAAUUCAUUGCUGUUCAGCUUUGCUGAGAAUUGUAACAAUGGCUUUGAAAGAAAUCGUAUCUCCUACACAGACACGUACACUGUAACUGGUCAAGAUCUCAAUAAACAUCAUGGCAUGGAUUUUAUCCAUGACUUAGUGACGCCACGGAUGAGAAACAACCCAAGUGGACAGAGCGAUCUAAUUGUCUUCUGCAGUGGUGGUUUCAAGGAUUUACACCCUGCAAAAACAGAAGGAGAGUUGCUUUCUAACCUGAUUGCCAUGCUGAAGAAGUCUGGAGCUAAAUAUACCAUUCUUUAUGCCUCUCAACCAUCUGGUUUACUGGAAAGCCCUUCCAACCUGCCAUUAGGCAGGUAUCUUGCAGAGGAACAAUAUGGAGAGUGCCUAGUCAAAUCAACUCUUCUGGAGGGAACUUUUGUUGGAAUAGUGCUUCUUAUCAUCUUGAUAUCAGGACUCAUGUGUAUGAUGGGAAUUGAUACUCCAUCAAGGUUUGAAGCUCCACAGGAAUCUUGA